GAUUGUUCUCUGUGUACAGUUUUCUUGGUUUUGAGCUCAUAAAAUACGAUGAGUUAAAUUGCAAAGCAUAUUGUGCAAGUAAAUAUGGAAGCAAGGGGUUUAAAUGAGGAGUUCAGAAAUGUUUACCCAUCUGCCUUCGGGGCGCACUCAAGCAGGUCUGCGUCAGAAACUCCGAUGUUCUCCGCGGCGGAACGACCGACUUCGACAAGCGCUGAGUCUCUCACUCCUUACAUUUCUUUUCCAGCCAACAUUGGCACUAGCUCCUCAGUCACUUUUGGAUGUCGUUUCGGAAAUAGUUGUUAUCGUUGCAAAUUUCCACAGAACGCCAUGUUUCUGUCUAGUGUUGUAAAACAAAAUGCGAAUGGACAGUCUGCCAGUAAACCCGUGGACUAUAGUGACGGCUGGCUUAAGGAGUUCGCUUUUUACCAAAGUUACACAGGUUCCUACCCAAGAAUCCACCCUGCCUAUAUUGAUUUACCUGUAGUUCAUAGAACAAUGACCGGAGAUUCCAGACAUGAUACUUGCUUGACAACGGAAGGCCACCAGCCAUGGAACUGGUCAAACAAUUGCAGCGGUCAACUUUAUUGCUCCAAAGACCAGACGCAGAGCCCGCAUAUCUGGAAGCCAUCAUUAACAGAGGGAGCCGCGGUUUCGUUCUGUCAGCGCGGGAGAAAGAAGCGGGUUCCUUACACAAAAUUGCAACUGAAAGAGCUCGAGCGGGAAUACACCAACACUAAGUUCAUUACAAAGGAAAAGAGACGACGGAUCGCUUUUUCUACAAACCUGUCUGAGAGACAAGUAACUAUAUGGUUUCAAAAUCGUCGAGUCAAGGAUAAGAAGAGACCUGAAGUCUGCAAAUAAUUUUAAUCCUAUUAAAGGUUCAUUCGUGCAUAUGCUGAUUUAUAUAGUGAAGAGUUUAGCUCUUUGUUCUUUUUUUAUUAACAAGGGCGAUAUAGCCUUUUAUUUUAUUAUUUAUAUCUUGUUCAAAUAUUUGGAUGUACUCACAUUCAUACUCAGUCAUAGUUUAUUCAGAUAAUUUUAUAUUGGCUUCCAGGUUUGCUGAAAGAAUGGUCAGAUGUUCAAACUGUUUCAGUAGCUUGAGGUUUUUUUUUCGCCAGUUGUUUUUUAUAAUUUAAGUAUUGUUAAACAAUUGUCAUUCGUUAUUUCUACGCCAUAAGCCAGGCCACUGAUUUUUCCUUUCAGUCAAAAUGUUAUGUUUUACUUUUCGUUUCAUGUGAGUGCAGUAUAUUUGUUACCUAGUUGUUUAUAGUAGUUUUAUGGAAGGAUCUGUAACA